CACAUGAGCUGCGGCAGAUGAUCACCGUGGGUUUAUUCUCUGUCACUCCCUCUCAUUCUCAUUUCCUCCCUCACGAGCCAUAUUUUGCAACAUGUCUGAUACUGGCAAGGAAGGGGAAGCACUAAAACAGCUACAGGCUCAACAAGGAUGGCUGCUCGAUAAGAUCGACGAGCUGCGCACGAUUGGCGUUGGUGGUCUCGUUGAGCUGCCUCAGAUCAUCGUCUGUGGUAAUCAGAGCAGCGGAAAGAGUUCUGUUCUUGAGGCGAUAUCGCGAGUGCGAUUUCCCAUGAAGAGCAAUCUCUGCACGCGAUUUGCUACCGAAGUCAGUCUUCGUCGUCAACCGAUCGCGCGCUUCAAGGUGACAAUUGAGCCGGGCUCAUGGAGAAAGAGCGAUUCCGACCGGGUGAAGCUGAAGGAAUUUUCCCCUGCUGCGUUCACCAACAGUGAUCGCCUGCCCGAAUUGAUUGAACAAGCGAAAGACUGUAUGGGGAUUACCGGCGAUGUUGGAUUCAGUGAUGAUAUUCUGAAAAUUGAAAUCUCUGGCCCUGACAAGCCGGAAUUGACCCUGGUCGAUCUGCCUGGUCUGUAUUAUUCUACCAGUGCCAGCCAGGGCCAAGAGGGCAUUCAGAUUGUGCGUUCCCUUACGGAGAGAUACAUGAAGAAUGCUCGGAGUAUCAUUCUCGCUGUCUUUUCUGCAAAAGCCGACCUCCAUGUCCAAGAGGUACUGAAUAUUGCGGAGAAAUUCGAUUCCACUCGCGAGAGAACCAUCGGUAUCGUCACACAGCCAGAUACGCUGGAACCUCACUCGGAGGAGGAGGAAUCCUGGCUAAAAAAUGUCCAGAAUCAAAAUGUCCGGCUCCAGCUGGGAUGGCAUGCGUUGCGCAACCGCUCCUUUGAGACACGCAAUGCGUCGGACGAUGAGAGAGACGGUCAAGAACGAGAUUUUUUCAGAAAAGGAAAGUGGAUCUCGAUCCCAAGAGACUGCGUCGGGAUUGACAGCCUACGGCGUCGACUGAGUGGUGUUCUGCUCAAGCAUAUUCGCAAUAAUCUCCCCGGAUUGAUCAGCGACAUCAACGACAAGAUCCAGGACAGACAGUCCCGGUUAAAUAAACUGGGCGCCUCUCGGUCGACCCUUCAGCAGCAAAGAGGAUUUCUCCUCGGCUUGAGCAGUGGCUUCGAGCGGAUAACCGGCCAAGCCCUUGAUGGAAUGUACACUGACGACUUCUUUGGGGGGUUAGAGAAUUGUGAUCUGUCAAGUACGCAGGAUACUCGUCGUCUGCGUGCGGUCAUUCGAGAUCUGAAUGAGCACUUCGCAGAAAAUAUGGAGAGUCGAGGGUGUCGGAGAUAUAUCUUGGGCGUUAAUGGCUCGGGCUACAAUAUUUUCGAAACCGGCAACUCCUAUAAAGACCUCCGACAACCCAUGUACAUUGGCAGACCAGAAAUCGAAAAGGAGAUCAACGAUCUCGCGCGUCGAAAUCGGGGAAUCGAGCUCCCGGGCAAUGCAAACCAGCUCUUGGUCGGCACUCUCUUCCGAGAUCAGUCCAAACCGUGGGAAGAGCUCGCCCGACAUCAUUUGAUCAAGGCCUGGGAGUCCGUGGGCUUCUUCAUCAGCCUGGUGAUGCAACAUCUCACUGAUGAAUACACCUACCAGGCUGUGGUAGGCACUGUCAUUGGUCCUCAGCUUGACAAGAUGCAAACGCAGCUUUUGGGAAAGCUUGAAGAGUUGACUGCGUAUCAAAAACGAGGUCAUCCACUACCGCUUAGUUACAACUUCCUUGCAAGGGUACAAAAGGCUAGGAGUGAUCGCUACGCGUUCAAAUUAUUCCAAGCACUCCAGCCAGAGAAUUCAAAGAAAGAGGAGAAGUUUACUCUUGAAAGCAUCAAGCAAGGGACCGAGAAGCUGGAGUCAUCGAGUAAUCAGUUUGCGGCGGCUGAGAUCAUCGACCAGAUGCAAGCAUAUUAUGAUACUGCUAUAGCGACGUUCAUCGAUAACAUUGCUACACUUGCUAUUGAAAACUGUCUUCUCGGUCCGUUGAGUGGUAUCUUCACCAGCCAAACAAUCAAUAAUAUGGACGAUCAACAGGUGCGCGAACUUGCCUCUGAGCCUUCUUUCAUCAUGGAGGAGCGAGACCUUCUAGCGCGCGAUCUGGAAAAGCUACAGGCAGGUUUGCGAGCCUUGAAUCAAUUUAAUAUACCAAAAGCAAAAGUCAAGGCAGCAGGCGUGCCUUUGAAAACUCAGCAAGACCCUCAACCCUCCGCUGAAAAGACCAUUUCCAAUGGCCAAGCCGCAGUGCCCAGUCGAGCACCUGGACCCCCAGCUAGCACCUCCACCGCUACCAAAUCGACACUGACUCCGGAUGCUGCUUCUGGUUCGCCAACCAACAAAGCUCAAUUAUCUGCUAGCGCUUUUACCAAUGGCAUUUUCACCGGAUCGUUGUCUGGAACUCCUCAAAGUACAACUCCAAAUAGCGCUUCCUCUGGCAGCCUUUUCAGUAAAUCUUCCACUCCAGCUGCCACGUCGGGGGGUUUAUUUGGAGGCCUUCAGACACCGUCGUCAAGUCAUUUCUCUCCGGGUGGCGCUUUCAGCAACCCCCCCAAGCCAACAAAUUUAUUCGGCGGUGCCCCAUCUCCGAGCUUCUCCUCGUCCAAUGGUUCCUCUGGUACUGGUUUCGGCUCUACCGGCGGCUUUGGCUCGACGGGGGGUUUUGGCCAGUCGAAACAAUCAGCCGCUCCAAAGCCGACCUUCGGGAGCUCUUCAUCCCAGAGCAGUGGCAGUGCAUUCGAAGGCUCGAACCACACAUACAAUUCCAGUGCUCCCACUAGGUAAGGUGCUUCUUGGGCGACAUAUGAAAUGUUCAAGUCAAUAUACAUUACCAACUUAAGCCUGAUUGAGAUUGUUCUCAAAUUUCAUGCUGAUUGUAGCUAUUCUAUCUUAUAUUCUUCAUCUUUCCGUUCAAUCAUUACUUUGGUUUUGUCUGUUUGUUUGUUCAUCAGUUGAUUCCUGGAUUUAUACAGUUUUGCAAUCAAGAUCCCAUGACUCAAAAAUUUUUUUUGUCCACACAGUUGCUAAAAACGAAGGUCAUGAGAAUGAUUAGCUAAUUUA